AUGGCCUCUACCGAAGACCCAGUUCCUGUUGAUGUUGAGGAGGCAGUGGACACGGCUAUUGCUACUGAAGAACCAGCCACUGAUCGGGAAGAAGCUCAACAAUCUGUUGCAGAAUCAAUGGGGUCUCCCACCAGGGAUGCACCGUCUGGUAAAGACGAGCCGGUUACCUCUCCUGCACGGAGCCAGGCGUCUUCAACAGGUCAAAAGCGCUCUUUGAUCGCUGGUGGCCCAAAGCGUCCGGGCAGUGUCACUACCCGAACCGCAAAACCUUCCACUGUGGCAACGAGUAGGCCAACGUCGGGAAGCACGCUCAGCAAACCCCCCAUUAGACCAACGGCCAAUACGGUGGCUAGGAAAACCCCCGGCUCGACGGCGUUGGGUAGUGCUGCCAGUACUACCCGUGCGUCACGCAUGUCCAUUGGUAGUUCAGCUGACGAACGGGCCAAAGCUGUUGCUAGCUCUGGUGACGAGUCUCGAAAGAGUGGAAUGUCAGGGACUGCAAAGCGUGCAUCACUGUCCGGAACACUGGGCUCGAGGACUGCUACCACUGCAAGACCGUCCACGACCUCUGCCGAUAGAAGGUCUUCUAUCACACCUGCAGCAGACAAGAAACCAACUACUUCCCGUCCCUCAACUUCAUCUUCGCAAACGCCAACUAAGCCUACUGCAAGAUCCACCCCGGCUACCACAACAACUCCGAGAACCACUAGGACUAUUCCUACAUCUUCUAAAGCGCCCUCUAGCACGGAUGCUGCAAAGAGACGAAUCGGAGCGCCUGCUUCCCCUGCUCUUGCUAGGAGAACUGCUGGAGCUCCUGCUCUCGAUGAAGGGGCAGAGAAUGACAAAAUAACUGAAUUGGAAUCUCAGCUCGCCGCUAGCGAGGCAAAGCUUGCUGAAGCUCAAACCAAGAUCUCGGAGCUCGAAAAAUCUGGUGAAGAUAGCUCCAAGCACGAGGAUUUGGCAGAAUCUUACUCUCAAGAAAUCAAGACCUUGCAGGGCAAACUCGAGGAAGCGGAGUCCAAGUACCAGGAAGCAGCCGAGCGUUCUAGCAAAGAAUUAGAAGAAGCUAAGCGUGAAGCCGCCAAUUUGGGAGAAUCAAAGAGCACUGAAGCACUUAACCUGCAGCGUGAGGAGCACGAGGCCGCUAUUCAAAAUCUAGAAACCGAGCUUGCUACCAAACGUGACGCCAUUUCUGAGUUAACUAGCAAGGUUGAUGCUUUGAAUAAGGACUUAGAUGAGGCAACCAAAAAUGCCGAGCUGCUGAAGGAGGCUGAGAAGGAAGCGACUGAGGCUCUCCAGUUAAAAGUGAACACUCUUGAAGAGCAGCUAAACUCUAGUAAGAAAGAGCUAGAGUCUGCUCAAGAAUCGUCUACAACGAGUACUGCUGCCCUUGAGGAGAAGAUUUCGGAUCUUGAGAAACAACUGGAAGAAGCUCGAUCGGAGGCAGAAAAGGGAUCUUCUGAUUCAAACAAAGCUGUGCUUGAGAAAGAAGAAGAGAUCAAAAAAUUGAACUUGGCAAUUGAGUCCCUGCAAGAUGACAUUGCGCGGUCUCAAGAGGCCAACGUCGAAGAGCUCGAGAAACAAAGAGCUGAAUUGACGGCUGAGCAUGGCCGUGCCCUAGCUGAGAUGGUAGCAGGCCACGAUGCUGCUGUCGCAAAGCUGACUGCUGAACAUAACACGGAGAAAAUUGACGCAGAGACAGCAGUUACAGCGGCAAAAGCAGCUUUGCAGCAGGAAAUUCAGACCCUGAAAGAGCAACACGAAGCUGCCAUGGCGGAGAUAAACGAGAAAAUGGAAAAGCUUACUGCUGAUAAUGCUACCCUCAGCAGCCAGGCCGAGAGUUCUCAGUCAGCCUAUGAUACCGAGAUCCAAAGCCUUAAGGCUAAGCUUUCGGAAGCAGAAGAAGCCCUUGCCAACGAGAAGGAUAACGCCCAGAAACGGAGCGCUGAUGAGACGGCAGCGUCAGCUGAGAUCGAUUCCCUCAAGGCCACCAUUCAGUCUCUUGAAGCGGAGCUUGCACAGCAGAAGUCAACUGUUGAGGCCUUGACAGCGGAUAUUGAGACAGAAAAGUCGCAAGUUACGGUCCUGCAGAAAGCCCUUGAAGCAUUCGAAGCCGAUAGCAAGAACAAAGAUGAGCACAAUGACAACAUGAACAAAAAACUCAGCACUGAGAUCGAAAAUUUGAACAAGUCUCUGGAAGAGAAGACUCAAGAAAUCACCUCGGCCAAAGAGCAACACUCUGAGGAUCUCGAGGCCAUGAAAACUUCCCAUGCAGCUGACAUUGCCAAACGUGAAUCGGAUACGGCUGCAUUGCAAGAAAAGCUCAAAGCGCUACAAGAAGAACAAGAGAACCUCCGUACAGCAAAGGAAGAGGCCGAAGCUGCGCAUAGUGCUAAGAUCGAGGCUCUCCAAACUGACCACGCGCAGCAGAUUGAAGAGCAUUCUGCCAAGUUUGCAGCACUAUCUGAAUCCCACGAAGCAAGUGAGUCUUCCGCGAAGGAGCUUGAGAACUCUCAUGCCAAGUUAAAGGAAGAGUUUGAGAAGACUCUGGCAAAGACUAAGGAAGAUUUGGAAUCUACCCAUGCAAAGGGAGUUGAGGAGCUUCUGGCUGCUCACGAGGAGAAACUUAACAACCUAAGAUCCGAACAUAACGCCAGCUCUGCGGAGCAGCUUACUGCAGCGGACAAGAACCAUUCAGAGAUUGUUGCUAAACUAAAGGCGGAGCUUCAGGAGGCCAAAGAGACCGCCGCUGACACGUCUGCCAUUGAUUCUUUGAAGGCUGAAAUAGAAGAACUGAAAGCUAGCCACGCUUCCCAGGUGGAAAACCAUAACAAGGAAAAGGCAGAGCUGGAGGCACGCAUUGAUACUGCAGGAAACACAGCCAAGGAUGCAGAAUCAGCUCGGGAGGAGUUGAUUGCUAAGCAUGCUGAAGAACUUAAGGCCGCUCAAGCCGACGCCAUUAAGAACGGUGAUGCUCACACUGCUGCACUUAAAGAGAUUAAGCAGCUUGAAGAUGCAGCUUCCGAGGCACAGACCAAUUCCCAGGAGGCGGAGAAGAAAUAUUCCCAGCUUGAAGAUGACAUGGCCGCUUUGAGCGAGAAGAAUAUGGAGAUGGUGGAGAAGAUCCAGGAACAUGAAGCCUCGGUUGCCAAAGCCAACAGAAAGAUUCGUGAACUCGAGUUCGAUCUUAAAGAAGCACAGAAGUCCACCUCUCCUACCUCCAAUGGAACUAGCAACGGCAAGCCUGGCCUGGGGGCAAGCAAGUGGGCUGCAACAGAACAGGAGACGGACACUGCGAAGGAGGAGACAGAUGGCAAGCAGGAGGACUCUGGUCCAUCUGCCACGGAAGGUGAGAAGCUUAGUUCUUCUAUCGCGGGGACGGUGGCGAGCAUUCAGGAGCAACUACGACAGCUUGAGGAUAUGAGCGGUGACAUGGCCGAAGAUCGUGAAAAGAUUGCCAAUGUCCUUGCGCAGACCGGCCUGAAGGGAGAGUCUAGUUCAUCUAGCCCGGCUCUACCAGGGCCUAGUGACAGCUCUAGCGAGGUCUUGUCUGCGUAA